GUCGUCCAGACUUUCCUCAGCUACAGAAGCAGGCUGCAAUGCUUGAUCAGGCUAUCGCUUCAUCAUGUUCACCGGGCCCCACCUCGUCAUGAACUAUUGGUCUGAGGCUUGCAGUAGAGCUCAGCUUGCGGGGCUGAGCGCGCAUAGGUACAUGCAGUAUAAACCAGCCUUGUCCGGUUGGGAUGGAUAAGUAUCAGGCAGCUCAUAUUCCCUUCCUCUCUUUCAUACACAUCGUGAUAUCGUUUCGUAGUUUGUGAAGGAGCCGACAUGUCAGGACUCGAGAUCCCAGGCCUCGCCAUUGGCGGCAUCUCUUUCUUCUUCCAAGCGUUCGCAGGAUGCAUCCAAGGCUACGAGCUCAUUGCAGAUGCUUGUCGUUUGGAGAAGACCUAUCAGAACAUCCUGAUCAAGGUCAAGAUCGAAGAGCAUCGCUUAUUCGAUUGGGCAAGAUCCAUUGGCCUCGACUACACGGACGAAAGACUUGUCCUCAACCACAUGUCGAAGAACCUGAUCAUGGGCAUCUUGGAACAACAGCAAAAGUUACUCUUCACUUUCGGCCGCCUCGACAAGAAGUAUGCCAAAUUGGCCAGUCCGUUGCUGGAAGAGAGACGAGAGGCGUUUGUAUUUGAUGCUGAGCGCCUUCUUGAGAAUGGCGCCGGUACACAAGCGGACGGCAAUGCAAUCCGGUUUCCUCAAACCAAUGACCUAUUACAAAAGGUUCGUAAGUUCACAGAACAGCUCAAAACAGCCCCCCAAAGGCUCAAGUGGGCUUCAUUGGAUAAGGAGAAGGCGGAAGGCUUGGUCGCCGAUUUGGUGCAUUUCAACGACAAGCUACACGAAGCGCUCGACAAAGCUCAACGGAACAGUCUACGGGAAGAGCAGCUACGCACGAGCUACCAGAUUGUGCUCCUGAAUCGCACCAUGGAGAACCUUGUCCAGAUCGUCCAAUCCCAGCGGAUAACGUCUUCGCCACAAUAUCCUGCUCUUUUGCACCGCUCAGAGUCGGUAUAUGGCAAUCCCAACAGCCGCGCCAUUGCCCGCCAACCCCACACGCGACCACUUGCAGCUUUAGCACAGAUUGCAGCAGUAAAUCUUCAGAGCGAGGAGGACCACGGCAUCGGUGCUGUCACUGAUAGUUUCGUGGAUGCUCUCGAUCUCAAUCAAUCGGCAGAAGAGAUCCACGAUACCAAGAUCGAGCUCGCUGAUAUCAAGACCAAUACCAAAUGGGACGACAUAGACGAAGCUGACCGGACUGAGGGAACAUAUCACCACAAAAGCGUCUGGAUCGAAUGGAAACUCCCUGAACAAGGCCCCGUACAAACAAACGGCACCGACUUGAUACACGAACGCAUUACAACUCUUGCUACAUUGUUGAGGGAGAUGAACAAGAUCGUUCAAUUUCGUGCACCAGAAUGCCUCGGAUAUUUUGAGGACGAAGACAACGGCCGUUACGGAUUCGUCUUCGCGAAGCCAGAGCACGUAGCAAGCAACGAGAGUCCUACAACUCUGCACUCGCUUCUGUCCAAAGAGAUGCCGCCUCUCGCAGACCGUAUUACUCUCAUGCGUCUACUCUCCGAGACCAUCGAACAAUUCCACGCUGUAGAUUGGCUGCACAAAGGCUUGCGCUCAUCCAACAUCCUCUUUUUCAAGAACCCAGACACAGAGGCAGGCACAAUCAACUUCUCCGAUCCUUACAUAUCCGGCUUUGAAUACUCGCGGCCCGCUCAACGCGACGACAUGACUCAGCGCCCAUCCGACGAUCCAGGUGCAGAUAUAUACCGCCACCCCCUCUCGCAAAGUGGUAGCAGUUUCCGAAAAAGCUUCGAUCUGUACUCGUUGGGUGUUGUGCUACUCGAGAUUGCGUACUGGAAACCCAUCGACGAGAUUCUCGAGAUUGCCGAUAUCAAUAAGGCUAGGCAGAAGGAAACCGCCAGCGCCAGGAGGAGACUGCUGGAAGAUGCGCAGUAUCAGACGCACAUCAAGGGCCAUCUGGGUGUCAGGGUUCAGGAUGUCAUCUGGUCUUGUCUCAAAGGGCCUGAAGGGUUUGACCUGUCUGCUGACUGUGAUGAGAAAGAUGCUCAGAUUGGGGCGCAUCUGCAGUGGGAGUUUGGCGAGAGGGUGGUGAAGAAGCUUGCACAGAUGAAGGGCUUGUAGUGGUCUUUCCUGGCCUUGUGCGCCGUCUGUUGCUUGCUACAUGCUUUUAUCAAAAUAAAGUUCUUGCAAUCACCUCUAUUUGUAGACCCGCAUCGCUUUGUUAAUGUGUAGUAGUUUGCGCGAUUUACAUCAAGCACAUCAGCCUGGAGUCGGAUGAUACGCCUUGUACACUUGCAUUGCGCCCUCAAUGCUUUGAACCAACCCAAAGAAAAUAGUAAGAAGCACAACCAAGAUAGCGAUC